CACUGAAUAUUUGGUUGAUUGACAUUGGGUGCUUGACACGUCAAGGUUUACUAUACGACGAAAUUUAUACAAAUUAAGGCAAUGGAAUCUGCAAAGUGGAGAAUCGCUGUACGUCCAAACUAUGACGUCAAUACAGAUUUAAAUUAUCCAUAUUCAGAACUGCCAUACGUCGGCGAAUACCACCUUGUGAGAAUACCUACCGAUAACCAGCUCGUGGAGCACGUGGACUACUGGGGAGAGGGCAGGAUCGAGACUAGUUCAGGAAACAGCGGCUUUCGCAACUGUUACAAUGUCAACCGCCAGUACCAACUAGUCAGUAACGGGACUGACAGAAAUAAGAAGAUUCCCAACCGAAUACCGGUGUUUGACGAGAAUAUGUGCGACACUUCCAGCUAUAUCAAAAGCAACUCCGUCAAGUUAGUAACUCUGAUGGGAGCACCCAUCAUCGAGCGCUGCGCUAGAGAUAUAGCUCGUAUUGUAAACUCUGAAGUGGGAAUCGUUGUCGUCUUCGGAUUUGACAAUGACUCCGCAGACAUUCGACGGCUAAGUACAGCUUUGAGUGAUUUAAAUAUGUACUACUGUCCAGGAUAUGAAUUAUCGGAUCAUUUACUAGGCUUGACGUUAUUCGAUAAAUAUAGAGCAUACGUGAAUGCAAAAGAAAUGGAGAACCAGCUCUAUGAGGCAGUCACCGGUUGGAGCUUCGAUACCGCGGUAAAGAUUAGUCAAUCUUUGAAGGAGAGUGGUGGCGGCUCAACAAUAGUUGAUGUAGUUAACAAGCUCCUUCAGCAAGGUAUACGAGCCACAACGCCAUUUGCUUACAAACUUUGGAACUCUGGCGAGAAAGAGAUAGUCAACAACUACUUCCCCGAUGCUUUUAAAUUGAUCUUUAAUGGAGAUAAUAUAAAAAUUGUAAGUAAUUAUUACAACAUGGCGUUGAAAUUGGAUGCUAAUGUUGACUACUACAAUGAUAGAUUAGGAUGGGGUGAUAAAAGCGACCAUUCAAGUAAUAGAGUCAGUUGGACACUGCUCCCAAUUUGGGAAAACAAUAACGUAAUCUUCAAAAUAAGAAACAACGAACACAGUAUGUUUCUAAAACUGGACGUUAAUGUUGACUCUUAUGGAGAUAGGAAAUGCUGGGGCUCCAACUCCUCGAACGAACUCAGGCACACCUGGAAACUGGAGCCGGUGAAGCUGCAGGGUAAUGUAGUGUUCUUUAUAGUGAACUGUGAAUAUGACCAGGCUCUGAAACUGGAUGCUAAUGUAGACUCGUAUGGAGAUCGGCUGCUGUGGGGCAAUAAUGGAAACGUUGUUAAUAACCCUCGGUACUUCGGGUGGCUUGUGCAGAGUUGGUAGAUAUAUCAUACACAAAUUAAGAAGAAUAUUUUACUACGUUCACAAAAAAUGAUAAUUUUUGUCUGAAGUUGUCUGGUAAAGGUCGCAAAUAUUCGAUUAGUCAAUAUUAAUAGAAGUAAAAAGUUAAUAUUUUAUAAUUAAAGAAUAAAAAUAGCAUUAAUUCCUAGGUUAAUACCAAUUUCACAUACACAAACAAUAAAGUAGAUAUUAAAUAAAUAUUUGAAUUAUUUGAUUGAGUGGUUUUCAUUCAUGAUUAGUUUUUGUUAUGUUUCUGUGAGAAUAUCUUUUCUAGUAGGAGUUAGUCCAUGACAGAAUAGCAUUUUAUGAUUGAAAUGAUGUUUAACUAGCGAUCCACUUCGUCGUCGUCGGCUUCGUACUAGUAGCAAAAUGUAUAUUAUGUUUAAAUUUUUUGACAUUUUCUUUGUCUCCGCGCACUUCAUCUAUAGGCUUAUAUUGGCUUAUAGUUCCACGAUCAGGUAGGAAUUUGCACCCAAUAUAGUGAAAACCUCGCCGUCUAUUACAUCAGAAGAUGAAAUAUACAAAGCGAAAUGUGGGCGCUUUGGUUGAGGUAAAAGGUGUCUGGCUCCACUUUCGGAGAAAAGGCGUAAUAUAUGGUUUUGUUUUUUCUUAUAUCAUUAAACUUGAACAAAUGUAAUAAAACGAGCUAAUGCGAUAAAUAAUUAUCGCUUAUUCUUCAAUGCACAAUUUCCUAAAUAUAAGAGACUAAAACGUUAGCUAAUACAGUAGUAUUAGCAUACCGGUACGCUUCACCUAAAUAACGUCGUUAAUCCAAAAAGUACCGGCGACUGCGAGUUUUACCAGUACAAACGACGUAAUCAUUCUGUUUUAUGAUAUGGACACAAUUUUAGUUUGUUCUUUCCUUAUCUCCAUAAAGUUCCAGAACAUAAAGUUUACGGAAGUCUCAAUUGAUUCUAUCUACAUCACUCUUUACUGCGUCGCUUUGAUGAACUUCAUUUGUGUCGUUGUCAUGAAACUGCUAAAUAAACUGUAUUUAAUAUAAACGAAUUCGACAAAUGUACAUAAAUCUCAGUCUCUACUAAGAUUGGAGUUUCUAUUGUACAUAUUAAGAGGAGAGGAGAGAGGAGACUUUACGUCGAACAAAAUCCAAACCCGAAAAUAUGAUUUUCGGAUUAUAAAAGCUUUUGUUAAAGAAUCCAUAAUUAAGUUCCUUUGUUUUUUAAUGAAAGUUUAAGUCAGACAAGUUACAUGUAACUAUAGCGAAGUACUUUAACCUCAAAAUAGAGUUUCGACUAAAUAUUAAAAUAUUCAUUAUGAUAAUACUUUAGAUUGCUUUUAAAAAUAUUUGUAAGGCACCGCUUAAUGUUAAUUGUAUAAAAAACUCGUCUUUUUAAAACGAACACUCUUAUCUUAAAUGUGUGGCCUUUAAAAAUAAAGGGCCGUUUUACGGGAGUUAAUGCGUGUACUAUCAAAAUGUUUGUAAAGCGCGAACAAGGCGAGGAAAGUCCUCACAAAAAUUGGAAUAACCAGAGCGGAUUUCGCGGCAAUUAUCUGUGUCUACGGUCGUAAUUAGCGGCGACUCGCGCGGGAUACGCUUUGAUAAGAAGCCUAAGAAUAUAAUAAUGGCUUGAGACUACACCAUUCGCAUAAUUAGCGCGAGAAUACGCUCGAGAUAUCUCUUUGUGUCGCCAAGAAUUCUCUAGAAAUUCUUGAUAUAUCCAAGUAUAAUUAAUGGUAGAGCAACAUUAUGUUGCAGACACUGUAGAUCCACCUAUAUUAUCUUUUAUAUUAAAAUAUCUGUGGCACUCAAAUAGUAGACCGUUUGAAUUAAUGAGGACCUUUUGUCAUUUCUAUCUUUAAGUGGAUCGAAAUUUAUUAGGCGCUUAUUGGAUUUCAGUUCAGAAUAAAAUAACGUAAAGAUUGGAACAUAUUUUUUGUAGUUUUGAAGUACAAUUUAUGGAUUCGAUUAUAAGUUAUGAUUAUAUUAUUAUGUUGUUGUAUGAGAUUACGAUUACAAUGAUUGGUAAUUCAGAAAAUAUAAAUUCAAUUGACAUUAACACAACAGUAACAAAAAAAAAAUGCUUUUCCAUUUUAGAAAACACAUGUGAGUUAACAAUUUGUGACCAUCUUAUCAUGGGACAGAUACAAAAACCAGUACAAUAAAUUUCUCACAUAUAUAUAUGUUCUAUUGUUUAAUAUCCGAGUUAUUCAUAACAAAAUUGUAAUAUUAGAAAUAUCAAUACAGAUUGUAAAGGACCAUAACCAUUUGAAGAUAUAUCCAGUGUAUUUAUCCACUUACCACAAUAACUAAUUGAAUUACAGAAUAUACAACUCGAAGACAUCAAAUUUACUUUGGCUCAUGAUUUCAAUCCAUUAAAUAAUUACAUUAAGGACUGCUGAAGAGUUUAUUUGUGUUGGAAAUGUCAGUGAAACUGAGUAAAAAGUUUAUACUCAACAAACAGUAACAUCGGCACAUGGAUCGCUAGUAGGAGUUUUGCGGGGAAUGAUGAGACGACCCUUCCUUGUUUCUGCAAAUACUAUUUCCACCUGCUUCAACCGCAAUGGGACGUAGACACAAUUUAUUUCAUUGAAAUCCGAAAAACAAUUUCGAGUACAAAGUUUAAAACAAAAAUACAAUGCAGUAUUUUAUUUUAUUUUGCGUUCGUAUAUUUCGGGUUCGUUUAGAAAUAUGUUGUUUUAUUUUCUAAAUGAGCCUAGUAGUCGGUUGGAUAUGUGUUCGAUGUAAAAUGGAGAAUCCUCUAAACAGAUUUUGAAGAAAUUUGUCCUACAUGUAGACCAUGUCCUUAAAUGAUAAAGUAGUUUUAUUCUGAGAAAGAAGAUACGGAGAGGAACUUUUGUUUCAUAAAAUGAUUUUCAGCCAGAAAAAUCCCGGAGCAAUCUAGUGUUAUUAUAAAUUUCUUGGAGA